AUGGCACGGACGUUGCCUUGUGCCGAGCUCCACUCAGAUUUUCUGCUUUGGCCGCCCCCUGACCUUGAAGCCGACAUUGAAGGGGCAAGAGCCCUUUGCGGAGUGCAUCACAGAAACCAGGCUGUAUGUGUAUGUGUAUGUGCGUCUGUGAACUCUGAACACCGAAGGGCUGCCAGAGAGCUCCAGAAGCAGGCUCUGCAACAAGCAGCUCUUAUCGGGAGCCGUGAUCACAGCUUCUCUCGCAGCCCGUGGAAGGAGGAUGCUGGAUCUUUGCAGAAGAGGACAGAGCCGGUCAGUCCGGAGAUUUAUCACUCGCAGAAAGCCUGGUGCAAAGGGGUGGCAGUUAGAGUCAGCCGAGCUUGGGAGUCCGACGACACACCUUCGCCACACAGAGAAGUUGCAUCUGGCUUAAGGCAGCGGUAG